AGUAUCGUCCUCUUUUUCAUCAAAUCCUUGAGCAAUGGUUUUGAAACACAACAAUCAGCUGCCCAACCAGCAUUUCCGUAAGGACUGGCAGCGCCGUGUCAAGACUUGGUUCGAUCAACCCGGCCGCAAGAAGUCUAGAAGAAUCGCACGUAUCCAGAAGGCUGCUAGCAUCGCCCCUAGACCCGUCGAUGGCCUUCUCCGCCCUGCCGUCCGUUGCCCUACCAUCAAGUACAACACCAAGCUCCGUGCUGGUCGUGGAUUCACUCUUGAGGAGCUCAAGGCUGGUGUCAACCGCAAGCAGGCCCUCACAAUCGGUAUCUCCGUUGAUCACCGUCGCCGCAACAAGUCUCAAGAAUCUCUUGAGCUUAACGUUCAGCGCCUCAAGGCCUACAAGGCUAAGUUGAUCGUCUUCCCCCGCAAGGCUGGCAAGCCCAAGAACGGUGAUGCCGCCGAUGUUUCCGGUGUUUCUCAGCUUAAGGGUGCUGUUCUUCCUAUUGAGCAAGUUGUUGCUGGUGAGGAAGCCCGUGCCAUCAAGCCUGAAGAGAAGGAACUCAAGGCUUUCCAGAAGUUGCGUUAUGCUCGUUCCGAAGCUCGCACUCUCGGUGCCCGUGAGAAGCGUGCUCGUGACAAGGCUGAGGAAGAAGCUCAGAAGAAGAAAUAAAGGUUGCGCCAUUGAGAAAAUAGUGUAAACUAGAAAUGCAAUUACGAGCCUUUACUUUUUACUUUUGUCCAAAAAUAUAUAAAUCAUUUUUACAUUGAAUGUCAAGGCUCAUUCACCUAUCGCGC